GAAGAGGGCUGAAUCUGAUUCUAGAAAGAGCAGCAUACCCAACAGCAAGGAGGUUCCCUCUCACCAUCCCACGGAUCCAGUGGAGCUGAGACGCCUUAACUUUCAAACUCCGGGUAUGGCCAGUCAUCCCCCAAUACCUAUCUUGGAACUUGCAGAUCACAUUGAAAGAUUGAAAGCAAAUGACAAUUUGAAGUUCUCACAGGAAUAUGAGUCUAUUGAUCCUGGUCAGCAGUUCACAUGGGAGCACUCUAACCUGGAAGUAAACAAACCAAAGAAUAGAUAUGCGAAUGUAAUUGCAUACGACCAUUCUCGUGUUCUACUCUCAGCAAUAGAAGGCAUACCAGGCAGCGACUAUAUCAAUGCCAAUUACAUAGAUGGAUACAGGAAGCAGAAUGCUUAUAUAGCAACGCAGGGGGCAUUGCCAGAAACCUUUGGUGACUUCUGGAGGAUGAUGUGGGAACAACAAGGUGCAACAGUCGUCAUGAUGACAAAACUAGAGGAGAGGUCCAGGGUGAAGUGUGAUCAAUACUGGCCAAGCAGAGGCACAGAAACUUAUGGACUAAUCCAAGUGACCCUUUUAGACACUGUUGAAUUGGCAACAUACUGUGUUCGUACAUUUGCACUUCACAAGAAUGGCUCAAGUGAGAAAAGGGAAGUGAGGCAAUUCCAGUUCACUGCCUGGCCUGACCAUGGUGUCCCAGAACACCCAACACCAUUCUUAGCUUUCCUGCGACGAGUCAAGACUUGCAACCCACCUGAUGCCGGACCUAUGGUUGUGCAUUGCAGUGCUGGAGUCGGCAGGACUGGCUGUUUCAUUGUGAUAGAUGCCAUGUUAGAGAGAAUAAAGCAUGAAAAGACUGUAGAUAUUUAUGGCCACGUAACUCUAAUGAGAGCACAGAGGAAUUACAUGGUUCAAACUGAGGACCAAUACAUCUUUAUCCAUGAUGCACUGCUGGAAGCAGUGACAUGUGGAAAUACCGAAGUGCCAGCCAGAAACCUGUAUGCAUAUAUCCAGAAGCUGACACAGAUAGAAACAGGAGAGAAUGUCACAGGAAUGGAACUGGAAUUUAAGCGUCUUGCUAGCUCUAAGGCUCACACUUCAAGAUUUAUCAGUGCCAAUCUUCCAUGUAAUAAAUUCAAAAAUCGCCUUGUCAAUAUUAUGCCAUAUGAAUCCACAAGGGUAUGCUUGCAGCCUAUCCGAGGAGUAGAAGGCUCUGAUUAUAUUAAUGCCAGUUUCAUUGAUGGAUACAGACAGCAAAAAGCUUACAUAGCUACACAGGGUCCUUUAGCAGAAACAACUGAAGACUUCUGGAGAAUGCUCUGGGAGCAUAACUCUACAAUUGUGGUCAUGCUCACUAAGCUACGAGAAAUGGGCAGAGAAAAAUGCCAUCAGUACUGGCCUGCGGAGCGCUCAGCCAGAUAUCAGUAUUUUGUGGUAGAUCCAAUGGCAGAGUACAACAUGCCACAGUAUAUUCUGAGGGAAUUCAAGGUUACAGAUGCAAGGGAUGGUCAGUCCCGAACAGUGAGGCAGUUCCAGUUCACUGACUGGCCAGAACAAGGAGUGCCAAAGUCUGGAGAAGGAUUUAUUGACUUCAUAGGCCAAGUGCAUAAAACAAAAGAGCAAUUUGGUCAGGAUGGACCAAUUUCUGUUCAUUGCAGUGCGGGUGUUGGAAGGACUGGAGUAUUCAUAACCCUGAGCAUUGUGUUAGAAAGAAUGAGAUAUGAAGGUGUUGUAGACAUCUUCCAGACUGUUAAAAUGCUAAGGACACAGCGGCCAGCCAUGGUACAGACAGAGGAUCAAUACCAGUUCUGCUAUCGAGCCGCACUGGAGUAUCUGGGCAGCUUUGAUCACUAUGCAACAUAAAAACCCAUUGUGGAUUUUUAUUGCAGGCCCUUUAAGAUCCAGAGAGCCGCUUCUGAGCCAUACAAUGUGCUUUAGAAGUACUUCUUAACUCUUAGCUAAGGAGCAAUUAUUGGGGAUAUAUAAAAUAAAAAAUAAUAAAAAAAAAGAAACAAAUGAACAAAAUAUUGGGGAUAUAUAAAACAAAAAACAACAAAAAAAAACCCCACCCAACAAGAAGUAUUCCAUGUGGACCAAGAAUUCACAGUUUAAUAACCUAACCAUAAUAAAAGAAUCCUGACCACUGAGGCGUCUGAAGGAUCUCAUUUACAGAUACCUCAAGGGUUCGACAUUGGUUGAAGUUAAAGGGAAGAGGACAUUUAAUCAGAAAGAGUGAUCAUCUUAUUCAGGAUUACAUGAUUUUGCAAAGAGGAGUUUUGAGAACUGCAGUUCAGUGCAAGAUGUUUAUUGCAGGGUUGGGUUCUGGCUUCUCAAACAAAGCGGACUCUUUACUUCAACAUCACCGUUUCCCAUCAUACUGCUCAUAAUAACACUUAAGGGAAAAUGUGGGAAUGUUUAAAAAGAAAGUCCUUGAUUUAGUUUUUUAGUAUUGUAAAGAUACUGCUGACCUGUGCUUCAUUUUUAACUGUGUAAACUUUUUCCUUUUUUUAACAAGAGUUUCUCAUUCGAUGAAGUGAAUUAAAGAAAAGGUUGCAUAACUGUUAAUAUUUUUGUUUAAAAAUGUAGAUUUUUUUUUAAGCUGUAGAACUGUUAUCUGUAAUAUUGUGCUG